UCUCGCUCCCAAGACAGACGACGUGCGAUGGAGUGGAUGACCUUGGAAACAAGACAACCUUGAAAAGAGGGAUUGAUUCUAUUCUUCUUAAAGGAUUAUUGGGAGUCAGCUGGGGCGGAAACGCCGUGUGAGGAAGCCCGGGUGGGAUACAGUUACUUCAACAACGAGAACAUGGCCACGUCCCAACAGAAGCGGUGCUCCAGUUACAAGAGCCCUAUGACAGUGUUCUGUAAUCCUUCAUAUUACUGGGUAGACAUGCUUGCUGAAGGUUGUGAAGUCAUUUGCCUGUGCUCUGCAAAGUCAAUACAAGGGGAGCAGAAGUCAGCAGCUGCAAGUCCAUCACCAAGGGAGGAGACUGACAUCAACCCUCUUCCCCUAGGCUGGAGCUGCUACCUCUCACCCCAGGGACAAAAAUAUUACGUCAAUGGUUGUAGCAAAGAAACAACGUGGGACCAUCCUGCCACGAUCGUCGGGUCCCCGCAGCGACCGUCAGUUUGUCAGAGCUCCUUGCGACACGCCAACAGAUGUCCCACCAGUAAGAUGGCCAUGCAUCCUACAGAGUCUUCUGGCGUUGCUCUCCGGAAAGCCGCUGCGGGAAGACAGGUUUUCCCAGUACAGAGGAGGAGGAGAGGGGAGAUGAUGGAGGCCAGCUUUGACACCGAGGAGAGCUUUGACGAUCCCUCCUGUCUUGCCCCACAGCCCCCCGGCUCCGUCUCACCCGCCAAGAGGCAGAUCAAGGAGGUCAAGGAAACCAAGAUAACUAUCAACUGUGUCACUUUUCCCCUACCCGGAGAAGGCCCGGAGCAGCAGCUGCUCAAGCCCGAGGAAUGGAGCUACUGCGACUACUUCUGGGCUGACAAGAAAGACCCCCAGGGGGCCACCUCUGUGGCCGGUUUCGAGGUCCUGCUGCAGAAGCAACUGAAAGGCAAACAGAUGCAGAAAGAGAUGGCGGAGUUCAUCCACGAGAGGAUAAAGAUCGAAGAGGAGUAUGCCAAGAACCUGUCUAAGCUGUCGCUGAGCCCGCUGGCCUCGCAGGAGGAGGGGACUCUAGGAGAAGCUUGGGUGCAGCUGAAGAAGAGUCUUCAUGACGAGGCUGAAGUCCAUUUAAAGUUCUCCAACAAGCUCCACAGUGAGGUGGAGAAGCCCUUGCUGACCUUCAGGGCCGACAACUUCAAGAAGGACCUGAAAAAGUACGACCAUCACAUCGCAGACCUCAGGAAGCAGCUAGCUAGUCGCUAUGCGAGUGUGGAGAAGGCCCGCAAGGCACUGGCAGAUAGGCAGAAGGAUCUGGAGGUAAAGACCCAACAACUGGAGAUCAAACUCAGCAACAAGACAGAGGAGGAUAUAAAGAAGGCACGGCGGAAAUCCACACAAGCAGGAGAUGACCUGAUGCGCUGUGUGGAUCUGUAUAACCAAACCCAGUCCAAGUGGUUUGAGGAAAUGGUCACUACGAGCAUGGAGCUGGAGAAACUGGAAGUUGACCGUAUUGAGUGGAUUCAACAGCAUCUUCGCCAGUACACAACCCUGAGGCACGAAACUGACAUGUUCAACCAAAGUAUGGUGGAGCCAGUGGACCAGCUGCUCCAGAGUGUGGACCCAGCAAAAGACCGAGAGCUGUGGGUCAAAGAGCACAAGACGGGUGAAGUGCGGCCCGUGGACAUGGACAUAUAGAGCGCACCCCCCUGGGAGUCAGC